UGUUGAUGGCUACACCCCUCCUGUUGAUGUACAUGGUGUAAAGAUCCCAAGGAAGAAGAUGAGUGAAGAUCAAAAGAAGGAGUUCAGAGAUCAUCACCGAUCAAGAGCUAUUCUGCACAGUGCCAUUUCAUAUGAAGAAUAUGAGAAAAUUACUGAUCGUGAUUCCGCCAAGGGCAUCUUUGAAUCCUUGAAGAUGUCUCAUGAAGGAAACAAGAAAGUGAAAGAAUCAAAGGCACUGUCUUUGAUCCAGAAAUAUGAAUCCUUCCAAAUGGAACAUGACGAAUCCAUUGAGGAUAUGUUUUCCAGAUUCCAGUUGAUUAUUGCUGGAAUAAGACCCCUCAGCAAUAGCUACACCACUGCGGAUCAUGUCAUGAGGAUCCUUAGAGGUCUUCCUGAAAGCUGGAUGCCUUUGAUAACUUCCUUGGAGUUAACUAGAGAUGUUGAGCAGAUGAGUUUGGAAGAACUCAUAAGCAUACUGAAGUGUCAUGAACUAAAGCGUGCUGAACAUCAGGAUCAGAAGAAGAAGUCUAUAGCCUUGAAAUCCAAAUCUGAAAAGGCUAAGGCUCUCCAAGCAGAAGCAGAAGAAUCUGAAGAAGCCUCUAAAGAUUCUGAUGAAGAUGAGCUGACUCUGAUAUCCAGAAAGCUCAACUGCAUCUGGAAGCACAGGCAGAGCAAAUUCAAAGGCUCAUCAAAGGACAAAAAGUCAAAGAAGCAUUUCAAGACCAAGAAGAGUCUGAUGGUGACUUUUGAUGAAUCAGAGUCAGAGGAUGUUGACUCUGAUGGUGAAGUUCAAGGACUCAUGGCUAUUAUCAAAGACAAAGGAGCAGAGUCAAAGGAUGCUGUUGACUCUGACUCAGCAUCAGAAGGAGAUCCUACCUCAGACGAUGAAAAUGAGGUAUUCGCUUCUUUCUCAACCUCUGAACUGAAACAUGCUUUGUCUGAUAUCAUGGAUAAGUAUAACUCUUUAUUGUCUAAGCAUAAAAAGUUGAAAAAGGACUUAUCUGCUGCUACUAAGACUCCUUCUGAACAUGAGAAAAUUAUUUCUGAUCUGAAAAAUGAUAAUCAUGCUUUGAUCAAUUCUAACUCUGUGCUUAAGAACCAGAUUGCUAAGUUAGAAGAAAUUGUUGCCUGUGAUGCCUCUGAUUGUAGAAAUGAAUCUAAGUAUGAAAAGUCUUUUCAAAGAUUCCUGGCUAAAAGCGUAGAUAGAAGCUUGAUGGCUUCAUUGAUCUAUGGCGUGAGCAGAAAUGGAAUGCAUGGCAUUGGCUAUUCUAAACCAAUUAGAAAUGAGCCCUCUGUGUCUAAAGCUAAAUCCUUGUAUGAAUGCUUUGUUCCCUCUGGUACCAUAUUGCCUGAUCCUUUACCUGCUGAAGUUGCUCCAUCAUCUCUUAAGAAAGGAACUUUCUCUAUGUCAAAAUAUCAUGCUCAAAUUCCUUUCCAUUAUCCUGCUGAAAGACCCAAAGUUGUCAGAACUUCUCGGCUAACUAACAAGAAAGGACCCAGAAAGUGGGUACCUAGGGAUAAGAUUAUAUAUGUUGCAGAUAUCUUCAAUAGGUCCAUCGAAACUCCAACCAUGGAACCUGGACAGUGGAUGCAAACAACACAUGACGGGAGAAAGGCAUAUGUCCCAAGAUCCAAAACUUGAACCUGAAGGUGAAGUUGAUCUUGGAGGCAUCAGUAGAGUAAGAUUUGGUCAAGUCAAAGCUAGCUGAAAAAGCUUGCAGAGAUGAGCAUGACUGUUUCAGAUAGAAACAAAGACUCAGAACUUGUCAAACCAGAAGCAACAACAUCAGAAGAUGCUUAGCUCAGAAUCAGAAGAAGAGUAGGUUCAUAGCUUCUCAUUCUGAAGUAUCUGAAGAUGAAAUUUUGUCCAGAAUGGAGAUGUCACCAGAACCACACUUCUGCUCUCAUCAGAAGAUACACUAAUCAGCAGCCAAGUAUCCCUUGGUAUUCCUUCUGAGGGAGAGUAUUUCGUCUUAUGCUCUUACUAUUUUUUUCCACCUUCAUUCUUUUUGCUUAUGACAAAAAGGGGGAGAACUUAUAGUAUCUUGACAACUCCUACAUUAUUUAGCUCAGAAUCUAGAUAUUACUAACGUUGAUAUUAAGUAUUAGAUUCAGGGGGAGCUUAGCUCAGAAUCAAGCAGUGACUUGGAUUCAGAAUGAGCAAAAUAAACCAUACACAUCAGGAUAAGUUUUAACUCUGAUACCUUAUACUCUUAGUGUAUUCAGUUUAUUUGUUUAGAGUUGUUCAUCAAAAUACAUGGUUUUGUCAUCAUCAAAAAGGGGGAGAUUGUAAGAUCAAGAUUUGGUCAUGUGGUACAACUCUAUGUUUUGAUGAUAACAAGUAUUUAUUUGUGAAUGAACAACUAUGAUACUCUAAUGUUUGUCUUGAGUGUUUUGACAAACAGGUUCUGAUUCUGACACCAGAAGAUAUAUUCGUCAGAAGAUCUGAGGAUCAGAGGAUCUGAAGAUCAGAAGAUCAGAGGAUCUGAAGAUCAGAAGAUCUGAAGAUCAGAAGAUCAGAAGAUCAGAAGAUCAGAAGAUCUGAGGAUCAGAGGAUCUGAAGAUCAGAAGAUCUGAGGAUCAGAGGAUCUGAUGAUCAGAGGAUCAGAAGAUCAUAAGAUCUGAAGAUCAGAAGAUCAGAAGAUCUGAGGAUCAGAGGCUCUGAAGGUCCAGAAGCUCUGAAGGUUCAGAAGCAGAAGUAACGAAGGUCAGAGGAUCCAAGCUUCCCUCUGACUCUGAUCACCAAGCUUCACAAGUUCCAACACGAAGCAUUCCUCUGAUCAGAAGUCAUUGGUUAAAGGCAAAUGUCUCUAUCAAGAAGUACAAGAGUAGUGUACUAUUCUGAAAAGCCUACCUACCAAGGUUCAGCCACAGCAGGUUCUGGAAGUUCCAGAAAUGCCCUCCAACGGUCAUAUUCUCUCAACAGAAAUAUCCUUUGCACCUUGGACUAUAAAAGGCUGAAGAAAAAGAAGAAAGCUAAGAGAGAGAAACCAAGAGCUGCAAUACAAGAAAAGAUUCAAGCCUCUACUUUCUUCAUCUGUUCUUAUUUAGUUUACACUCAGCUUAUUUAGAAGCAAACCUUUGUAAACACCAACCUCAAACAGUUGUUUGAUUUUCCUUAAGGGACCGGGUAGGUCAGUAUCCUUAAGAAGACUAAGAGAGUGAAUCUUAGUGGUGAUUCCUUUAGGAGAUCAAGGUUGAUCGGAUCCUAGAGAAGACUAAGAGAGUGAAUCUUAGUGUGAGCUAAGUCAGUGUAUUGUUAGUCACUUGUAGGUUUCAAGUGCAGUUGUAACAAUUAUCUGAUUAGUGGAUUGCCUUCAUUCUAAGAAGGAAGAAAUCACCUUAACGGGUGGACUGGAUUAGCUUGAGGGAUUUAUCAAGUGAACCAGGAUAAAAUACUUGUGUGCUUUUCUCUUCUCUCUAUCUUUAUCCGCUGCACCAUCUAUCUUAGAGAAACCGAAAAGAUUUACUUUAAAUCUUAAGGGGAAAGUUUUUAUAUUGGUUUUUUAUAAGAACCCCUCUGUUGAUAUUCUGAACGCUAUUCAACCCCCCCCCCCUUUCUACCGUUUUUCAUACCUUCAAUGUGUACUUAUCUAUUUUGACAAGCAUAUGAGUAUUUGGUUUUAAAGUUGAUUUACUAAGUCAUAAGAUUUUGAAGCUUUGUUAUUGCUUUGUUGUCAUUAUGAUGACUUAUCUUAAUUUCUGAGGUUGAUCUUGAUGGUUUAUAACCAUUAAGGAGAUUGAGUUUAACUUGUGAUUUCGUCGAGUCAAUUGCUUGAGAGUGUAGCUUUAGACUUGGAAAGUAGGUAGCUCAAUUAGUGAUUAUGUUAUGUGUACUUAUGAAGGGUAUGAAUAACGGAAGCGCUUGACGACGAAGCCAAAGAACAGACGGAAGUGAGCCAACACGGGAAAGCAAAGAUAUGACUGGAUUUGAUUUGAGUCGCAACUUAGUAAGGAAAGCGCCUAAGACGACGAAAGGAGGUGAUGUGAGCAGAUGCUACUCCACGUGGAAGAUCUAUAGAAGACUCGAAGAAUAGAGUCGGGUGUAGGGCUAGAGCCUUUGGGUAGAAAAGCUUACCGUUAUUGUUUUAAGCUUGCAGGAUCAUUUUAUGAUUUGUAUUUAAGGUUUCGGGUAGGUUCCGGUGCAUUGCUUUCCUAUGGUUACUCAGUGUGGAAAUCAUAGGGAGUAUAUCGGAUUUAUGGAGUCAUUGCAUAGUGAGUCCGUUGUUGGAUCUUAGUUUAUUUGUCAUGUACUUUAUGCUGUGCCUUGAUCGAGGCCAGAUGUAAAUUAUUUACGGUUGGGAGUAUGCAUUACAUAUUUUAGAAACACUUCGAAAAGGAAAAAAAAAUAAAUACUCACAUUUAUAAAUCCCUUUUGGAAAA